AUGGCGUCUGCCCUGAUGCAUCGCUUCGACAACUUUCCGAUACACAAGAAAUAUUACCACGCUUCUGUCACAACAAUAGAUGAGCUUGCUCGGGAGAUUGAGUUAUCAAUGCAAUCGUCGCAAGAAGGCAAUACUACUACCAGCGAUCACUUGGUGGAUCCUUUCGGAAUGGCACCAUUUCACUUUCUACUAUCAGCUGCAAACUGCAGGACUGACCUAUUACAAGUCCUACUAAAUGCGUAUCCACCCAACGUCAUUGGAUGGAAAGAUGUAAAUGGAAAGACUGCCAUUGAAUACUUGACGCAACGAAGCUUUCAUCUAGAUGAAGACGCUCGAACCAUGCUUCGAAGAGCACUCCAACGAUGGUUGGUGGGUUCGAUAUCGAGUUGGAAUGGGUUCGAAUCUUGGAAAUCGGACAUGACGGAUAGGAUGAAUGCAAUUAAAUUGUUGCGGAGCACGAAUUGGAACGAAGACAAUCUUUGCUUCGAGAAACGUCAAUGGCUCUGUCGCGGUACGAACGGAUAG